GGCGUCGUGUGGCGUCGUCAGCGGCUCGAGCUCAGUCAAUGUGAGUUGAAAUAGGGGGAGGACUGGAAGGAGAGUUCAUGUCGGCUUUUGCUGUCAUAUUUACACACAUUUAACACCUCUAGACGAGCCGUGACGUACAAUUCAAAAAAGACUGUUCUUGGAGUAGAGUAAGUCUUCCCCAACACCAUGUCCCAGGACAAGAGUGGAUACCCUGUAAUGGGUGAGACCAACCCACUCCAUAACAAUGUCUAUGGACCCCCUCAGCCUGGUUUCGCCAUGCCCCCUCCCAACUACAGCCAGGCCCCUGGGGGACCGUAUCCACCAGCAGCCGGAUACGGACAGCCAGGUUUUCCGCCGGCGGGCCCAGGGUUUGGCCCUGGUUCCUACCCUCAGAUGCCUUAUCCUCAAAUGCCCUACCCACAGGGACCCUAUCCUCAGGGGCCUUAUCAGCAUGGGUCUGCACAGCCAGGCUUUCCCGGAGACCCCAGUGCACCCAUGGGCAGCCCUGGUUACCAUGGUGAUGGGCCUCCUUCUUACUAUGACAAUGAUGAGUUCACCAACUCUGGCUUUGAGGACAAGAACAUACGACAAGCCUUCAUUAGAAAAGUCUUCAUGGUGCUUACAGCACAGCUGCUGGUCACUUUCUCCUUUGUUGCCAUCUUCACCUUUGUUGAUGAUGCCAAGUACUUUGUUCGAGUGAAUCCAUGGACAUACUAUGUAUCCUAUGCAGUUUUCUUUGUGGCUCUGAUCGUCCUCAGCUGCUGUGGAGAGUUCCGCCGCAAGCACCCCUGGAACUUGGUUGCACUGUCCAUCUUGACUUUGAGCCUGUCCUACAUGGUGGGCAUGAUCGCUAGCUUCUAUGACACAGAGACUGUCAUCAUGGCUGUGGGCAUCACUGCCGUGGUUUGCUUCACCGUUGUCCUCUUCUCACUACAGACCAAAUAUGAUUUCACUUCCUGCCGGGGAGUGCUGUUUGUGUGCCUGAUUGUACUGUUGCUCUUCGCCAUCCUCUGCAUCUUCAUCCGUCACAGGAUCCUGCACAUUGUCUAUGCUUCACUGGGGGCUCUACUCUUCACCUGCUUUUUGGCUGUGGAUACUCAGCUCCUCCUGGGAAACAAGAAGCUGGCCCUGAGUCCAGAGGAGUAUGUUUUUGCAGCCCUCAACCUCUACACUGACAUCAUCAACAUUUUCCUCUACAUCCUGGAUAUUUUGGGACGUACCCGCGAAUAAAGUUGCACCUUAAAGAAGAUAGGAGGGAAAUGGAGAAUGCAUCUUUUCAUUGUAGAAAUGUUGCUAACACGCCCUUUUUCUCUUUGAUUUCUUUCACCUUUCACUGAUCACUUCAUUAAUCUCUCUCUCCUGUUCCACACAUUUAGGGUGUAUUCACACCUACUUCGUUUGGUCCGUUUAAAAUGGACCAGAGUUUUUUUCCCUGGAAAGUCCGGACUUUUUUUUUAGAUGUGAAUACAAACAUGAACUCUGAUUUGAUGUCGGUCUGCUUCCAAACGGACUCUGGGCUGGUUCACUUCUGGUGUGAAUAUAACCGCCCUUGAGCCAAAACAAACCAAGGAACCAUGCGCCUUUUUGUGCUUGAUGAGCCGCUGGAAGUAGCCAAGCCGCACAGGUAGUCAAAGCUAAUAGUAGCAACCAUGAUCCGUGGACAGACGUGGAGCAAUGAGGAGAUUGAAUGUCACUUUGACAUUUGGUCAGAUGCCCAUAUUACGAAACUGGCUCCAAAUGAGCUGUUUUUAACAGUUAACAUUAUUUUGGUAAAUUUGUGUCUGUAAGAAUAUAAUCCAUAGUCUAAAAACGAUAACUGCAUGUAGGACCUCCAUGUUUGUUUUCAUCAACACCGACCUUUGAUUCACCCGCCCCUGACUUUUCUGUCCAGUGCCAGCGCAGUCCGUCACAUGCGUGCUUCUGUUUACAAAUUUUGAUCCACUAGCAAAAAGUGCAAUGAGAAUGCGAUCCAACCCAAACGAAAAAAAUAAAGCCCGCAUUCGAUCUGAAUCAAACAAGCGGACCAAAGGACUUUCCACGUGUGAAUACACCCUUAGUUUUUCAAACCAUAACCAUACUGUGGAUGCAGCAGGUCAUGAAGUGCAGCUGAGAUGUGCCCUAUUAAUAUAAAAGAUCUUCCCAUUACUGACAAGUCAAAGUUAUCUGUCAGUCCCUCAAGUUUGACUACUCUGCUUGCUCUUACUGUUGUUUGCUUCGACUAACAUGGAUGGCUACAUUCUGUCUACAUUACCUUCCCCUGAAUUCUGGUUUGGUUCAGCACACGCCGUGUUAAACAUGUUAUCCUUGCCUUGCUGGAGAGAUUUAACAGACAGAGAAAAGGGAAAGGUGUAAGUAGCGGCUUAGUACUGAUGCAGACCAGCUUUGCCUGAAGAAAACCAGUGCUAGAAAUACCUUCUCCUUUUUAAUCUAAGUGUUCCCAAACACAUCCUUUCAGCCUGCUGAUGUAAAGUAAUUCUGCAUGGCAACACUGGAAACACAACUGAAGAUGUGUCACGAUUCUCUAAAUCUACCAGAGGAAUACCUCUAACUUGCUUGUCACAGCUGUAAAUAGUUCAGUGUGUUGCUGUAGGUAAUCCUCCCUUUUGCUGAAAGGCAUGCUGGAGUGACUCGUAUGGAUGUUUUGCUUCACAGGAAAAUGUGCUUUGACAUCAGAACCUAUCUUACCCAGUACUAAACUGAAAUAUCUCAAUGGCAUCAGAAUGAAAUUGUAGGAUGUGUAGUAUUUGACACACAAGCACAGAUUCUUCAGGAAUUGGAGGAAGAAAGGCUAAAAACUGGAUCUGAAAUUGUAUGUAUGAUUUUUGAAAGCUUAAAUAUUUCCUUCAUUUUCUUUUGAAUUUUUCCUGUCUAUUGAUUUCUCCUUUUGUCUGGUCAGUAUGGUGAAACUUAUGUGCAUUAUUAUUUUUAUUUCUUUGUAUAUGAAAUGUUGGUAUCAGUUAAGACCAAACUGAACCAAGUAUUUUGAAAACUUAAUGUGUAACCACUGGUAAGAAGUCAAUGGAAACCGGGUUUGAAGGAUAUGGUACAUGUAUACAGUAAUUUCUCUAUUUAUUGAGCUAGAUGUAGCUAACAGGGUUGCACUGAGAUAUAAGUUGGUGUUGAGAAUCCAGACUAAUGUCAGGAAGUUUGCAAAAAUAUUUUUACUUAAGCUGCUUGUGAAACAGUGAGAUGCUGGUAAAACUCCUGUCAAGAAGCAAAAAGAAUCAGUAUUCACUGGUAGCCAAGUACUCCUACACACACAGCCUGAAUGAUAUAUUUAACAUGUGCAGCAUUUUUAUUAUAAACCUUCUCUGUUCAUUUUCCACCUCUUGCAUGACCUCCUACAUUUGCAUGUGCUGAUAAUGCACAUUGUACAGGUAUUUCUGUUUUGGAAAGACUGUUGUUUGGCAACCCCGUUAGACUUUUUUUUUUUUUUUUAAACUCCUGUGUUUGUAUUUAACUAACGUGUAAGUGUAUAUAGAACUCUGUAGUGGUUUGAUGUGUAUAGAUCUGUAAUUUUUGGUCUGUUUGCAUUGUAUAUUUGCAUUAAAACAAAUUGGAGCUGCAUUCCUCUCCACUGCUGUUUGCUUUUCAUUAAAACAAACUAUGUAAUGGUG